UUGCCCUGCCUUGGCUUAUCGUCUCUCUCAGCAUUCCAACACUAACAAAAAUCCUCGUAUAUUGUCUCUUUUUCAACUUCCAAAACAUCUCCUUUCCUCGAAAUCUUCUCUUCAUCUCUUUUGUCACUUUCCCUGCCGUAAAAAAUUCACCUUUAACCAUCAUUUUCCCCUUCCCAAGUCCUUAAACCGACAGAAAAUGCCUGCUGAUUCCGGCGACAGGCGUCCUGUUCGAGUUCCCGGGAAGAUGGGGUCGCACCCACCGGUCAAACUCACCGACCCACUGCCGUGCCCCAGGUGUGAUUCGACAAGCACCAAGUUCUGCUACUACAACAACUACAACCUCUCCCAGCCUCGCUACUUCUGCAAGUCGUGCCGCCGUUACUGGACUCAGGGUGGCACCCUCCGUAACGUCCCCAUUGGUGGUGGGACCCGCAAAGCUUCCAAGCGCUCCCGGAGCUCUUUCGGGCCAUCUCCCUCUGUCAUGAUUUCGUCUUCCCCGAGCGUGAGCCAUGAAGCAGAGUAUGUCCAUAUAACUGAUAAUAAACCUGUUUCGGCGGCUAUGCCCGGAACCGUAGCUAAACCUGAAGUGAAGUUGGCCGAAGUGAAUUUGAAUGAAACUGUGGAUCUUACUGUCAACGGGAGCUUCACUUCGUUUUUGAACUCCCAGGGAGAAGAGUACCUAACACUCGGUGGAUACGGGCUUGGGGCUAGCUCAGCAUUUGAUGGGGUUUGGGGAUAUCCCGGAAACGGUUAUCUCGGCGGUUAUAGUGGCGGCGAUGGUGACGAGCCUGGUGAUGCUGUAGGUGGAACUACUGGGUGUAAUUCAUGGCAAGCAACAAGCAAUGUGGAAGGCGGCGGAUCGUUAGUUGAUGGGGAUUGCUUUGCUUGGCCAGGACAUGCAAUUUCUGCACCAGGGAAAGGUUUGAAGUGAAAACGGAAUUCUCCAUUUCCGAGGAAAAAUGUGUUCAUGUUUUUUUUUCCAUAUUGGUUAAGCGUUUUCCAGUUUGCCGUUUUAGUUGUCUUUGGUGGGUAGAGAGAGAGAGAGAGAGAGAUGAUUAACAGUACAAUAGAAGGUGACUGUUGAUCCAAAUAUCACCUCUUGGGCAGUGGUUUCAAUGUUUCUUUAAGAAUUUCGUUUUCUUAUUUUGGAUGACUCUGUAAAUCUCUGGUAUCCUCAUCAAUACCUGGGAAUGAAAUGAAUGAUAAAUGACAGUUCAUUUUCA